UACGAGCUUAAUUAUUAUUGAUUCUUACCGUUUAUUCAUUGCAUUCCGCUUGACUUGCCAAAACUGUGAAUGGAAAAUGUAUUUUUAAUAAACUUUACUAUCAACUUUGUGCCAUGGAAUUAAGUUCUCGGUGUUAUCCACUUCUGUGAGCAUAUCCACUUGAAAUGGGUGGAAAGUGCAAGGACCAGUAUAUAAUACACCUGAGGCCCAGUGUUCCAACCGGUGUUCCAACCAUCAUUCGCAGUAAUAGUAAAACAAAGAAGUGUUAUUCCAGGUCAGGGCUCCUCCCACAGAUUACACAACCUCAGAAUAAAUUCCAGCCAUUUGUGUCUAACUGAUCUUUGGAACUGUCUCUGCUGUUCACUGUGACUUUACAAGAACUAGGGACAAUGUCGCUUAGCAGUGUGAUGGACAGCCCGGUCCUCCGAUCAUAUUUCACAUAUGCCACUAUCGUCAUCCUGAAGAUGAUGCUCAUGUCACCUCUGACCUCUUACUUCCGUCUGACAAGAAAGGUGUUCGCAAACCUGGAGGACACAAAAUUGGGUUCUUCAUCAACAGACAAGAAGCUGGUCCGCACAGAUCCUGACGUGGAACGGGUCCGCAGGUCUCACCAGAACGACCUGGAGAACAUCGUUCCCUUCGUGGUGAUCGGCCUCCUCUACGCCCUGACUGCACCUGAGCUCUCAGCUGCUCUGCUUCACUUCCGCAUCUUCGCCGGCGCGCGGAUCUUCCACACCGUCGCCUACGUCUGCGCUCUGCCUCAGCCCAGCAGGGGACUGGGCUUUAUGCUGGGCCUGUUGGUCACCUUCUCCAUGGCUUACAGGGUGCUCAGCACAGUUCUCCUCCUGUAGACAUGAUACGUCUCCCACCAUACCUGCAUAUACAACCAUGCACAUCCACUGUACAUUACAUCCAUUUGUGUGAAUUCUACCUUUACAGAUUUUGCAUGAAAUCCAUAGAUUCCUUUCUCUCCUCAGAUUCUACUCGAGGAUUAUUCAGUCAGUCAUUCACCCUGUGUACCAUACAACAACAAUUACACAGUUAAAGGAUGCUGUGCUGUAUUACAGUGUUAUGUUCACGUGUUUGCUUCAGCUACAACCAAGAGAAGUCUAGUAUAGACUCAUACGACAAGACAAAGGUCAGCAACAACCGGUACAUGACACAGUAUGAAACAAAUGUUUGACUGAACAUGAAUUGUUGUAACUCUUCAUUCAAACAGAGGAAAUAAAAAAAUCCCUUCUGAUGUGAAGUCCAAAA